AUGGGGAUUUUAAGAUAUCUUUUUGUUGUCAAUCUUCUUGUUUCUUUGACUUUUUCUGUGUCCUAUGGAGAUCCCCUCGUUCCAGCAUUAUGCAUCUUUGGGGAUUCCGUUGUGGAUGUGGGAAACAAUAACAAUCUACCAACCCUGAUAAAGGCUAACUUCCCUCCCUAUGGAAGAGACUUCGUAGGCCACAGGCCUACAGGGAGGUUUUGUAACGGAAAGCUGGCCACGGACUACACAGCUGAAUACCUUGGGUUCACGUCCUACCCACCUGCUUACCUUAGCCAAGAAGCCAAAGGAAGCAGCAUCCUCACUGGUGUGAACUUUGCAUCUGCUGCUUCUGGUUAUUAUGACGGGACAGCACAGCUAUAUCGCGCAAUUUCCCUGACACAGCAGCUACAGUAUUACAAGGAGUGGCAGACCAAAGUUGUGAAUGCGGUUGGAAAGGCCAAAGCAAAUACCAUAAUUUCAGGAGGAGUCCAUCUCUUGAGUGCGGGGAGCAGUGAUUUCAUCCAGUACUACUACAUUAAUCCAAUGCUCAACAGAGCCUACACGCCCGAUCAAUUCUCAGACAUUCUCAUGAGAUCUUACUCUACCUUCAUUCAGAAUCUGUAUGCUCUGGGAGUAAGGAGGAUUGGAGUCACAACACUACCACCAACCGGAUGCCUGCCAGCAGCUAUUACACUAUUUGGUUCAGGAAGCAACCUGUGUGUUGCAAGACUGAACCAGAACGCAAUCUCCUUCAAUAACAAACUGAACAGCACCUCACAGAAUUUGAAGAGCAAGCAUCCUGGCCUCAAACUUGUAGUCUUUGACAUUUACAAUCCUCUGCUAGACCUAAUCACGAAGCCUACAGACAAUGGAUUUUUCGAAUCAAGAAAGGCUUGCUGUGGGACUGGUACAAUUGAGACAUCGUUCUUGUGCAAUUCCAGGUCAGUAGGGACAUGCUCAAAUGCUACAGAAUAUGUGUUCUGGGAUGGUUUCCAUCCCUCGGAUGCUGCUAAUGAAAAGUUGGCAGAGAGUCUACUAGAGCAGGGAUUUGAUCUCAUCUCUUGAUGCCUACUGCAUUUGCAACAUCACUCACUAUCCCACUCAAGUCGACUAGUUAAAACUACUUUAUGGAUGUUAAGAGUCACAAAGGUGUUUCCAAUGACUUUGAUAGUAUAGGUAGAAACCUCCAUGGCUUUGAAAAGAGGACCAAAUUAAGCUAUAUCCAAUAAAGAACAUGUUUAUUCUGAUUGAUCUCAGAUGCUCCAAAUAAUGGAAAAGAAUUGCUUCAUGACUGAAUUCUAGCCACGAUAGCAUUGGGAAACAAAAAUUUCCAGCAACCUUUAUAC